AUUCCCACAGUGCUUAGCAAGCAUCCAGAACGCGUGCACCAGGUGUUUUUGAGAGGAACGGAAGGAGUGAAUUUGGAAAACAGUUAUUGCCUAAAGUGUACUUUUUCAAUUCGUCAUGGAACAACAUGGAGGUGACCAAGGGAUGGGUAUAAAGAGACCAGCAGAGGAAGACUUCAAUAGCAAUGUUCAUGCCAAGAGGGCAAAGGAUGAGGAAGAUGGUUCUGGCCAACAAGCAACACUUCGAUUUCUUCUCGAAAGCAAGGAUGCUGGUGGCAUUAUUGGCAAGGGAGGUCAAAAUGUGAAAAGAUUACGGAGUGAGUACAAAGCAGUGGUCAAUGUCCCGGAUACCAAUUCCCCUGAGCGUGUUUUGACAAUCACUGCUUUCCUGGAAGAUGCAAUAAGGAUUUUCGAAGAGUGCUUACCAAAGAUUGGCGAGCGUCAAACCCAAAAUCCAAAUGGCAAGGAAAUCCAGAUGCUUGUCCAACGAAGUCAGGUUGGGAGUGUGAUUGGACGUGGUGGAUAUAAGAUCAAGGAAACAAGAGAGCAAACUGGAGCGCAAAUUAAGGUUUUUGCUGAUUGUUUACCAGGAUCAACAGAAAGGAUUGUUUCCAUUCGUGGUUCUGAUGAUGUGAUAGUGGCUUGUGUUAGGGAAGUGAUUGACCAACUGAAUCAAACACCAUUAAAGGGGCCAGUGUCAUUGUAUGAUCCAUCGAGACCUAAUGACUGGGAUUAUGGCGGAGGUUAUGGAGGUGGUGGUGGUGGUGGACGAGGACGAAGUGGAGGAAGAGGUGGAGGGAGAGAUGGAGGUGGCAGAGGCCGUGGUGGACGUGGAGGUCGUGGUGGAAGAGGGGGUGGCAAUUUUGGUGGAGGUGAUAACAUGGGAUUUGGAGGAAACUUCUCACAGGAUUUUGGUGGCGGUGCAAACAUGGGAGGAGAUAUGGGAGGUCAGUGGAAUCAGGGGGGAGCUGGGGCAGCACCUGGAGGAGAACAAACUUCAACUCAAGUUACCAUCCCCAAAGAUUUGGCAGGAUCCAUUAUUGGAAAAGGAGGUGAAAGAAUUCGACAAAUAAGACAACGUAGUGGUGCAAACAUCAAGAUCGAUGAUCCUCUUCCAGGCUCUAAUGACAGGAUCAUUACCAUCGGGGGCAACCAAUCCCAGAUUAAUUUUGCUCAGUUUCUACUUCAACAAAGUGUACGACAGUAUUCUGGCAAGAAUUAUUAGAAGCUGAACAGGGGAAAUAUGUUUGUCUUCACAUGCAGUACAAUGCACCCAAGACAUCACAUUAUUUACCAUCUCUAUUAAUUACAGCUCUUUUUCAUGGGAAAUCAUGUUUUGUUUUAAGCGUUUUGGAAAGAGAAGACAAUAAUUUAAAAUUGUUUGUAAAAUACUCCUUUUACUAGUUGGAAAGUACUUUUAAGAAAAAAACUACUUAAACUUGUACCUCAUUUUAUGUACACCAGUAAACGCCUUCACUGUACUCUACAGUACAGGGUAACAUUCUUGAAUCUUAAAAGUACUGUAUCAACUUCAGGCAUCAGUAACAUUAUGUAGAGGACUCUUAUAAAAAGUUAUAGAAAAAGGGAGAUUUUUAACCAGUAGGAUUUCCAAAUUAAUUUUCAUUUCAGGACGCCAGAUCAUUAUGUAACAUAGUCAAGUGAUUAUUGAAUUUUUGUGUGUGUUUUUUUUUAGCAUUUUUUUUUUUUUUUGUCCCUUUUCUUUGUGUUAACGCUGGGCAGUGGCCUCUAAGAUGUUACUUUAUUGUGUCAAAAACUGGUUGUUUGCAGCAAACUUAAUAAAGCUGGUCAGCUUUUAGGCUGUGUGCAUU